UUCUCACACACGGUCAAAUCUUUCAGUAAGAGGGAAUAUAGUGAGCUAGAUUGCAAACUCUGAGUAGUUUGUUAGGUGGACAGUGUUGCACAAUUAUCAGGUUUAGUAAACUGCAGUUGUGUUAUGGCCUCCGAUUUUCAAGAUAAUGAGUCAGAUGUACGUUACAAGCUUGGUGUAGAGCAGUCUCCCAGGAGGAGUCAAGAUGAAGACUUGGACAGUGAUUUGGAUGUGUGCCUACUUGAUGAUGUGUCUUCAGACACCAGAAAGAACAUGUCUGACGUGCCGGAUGAAGAUCUGAGCGAUGACCUUUUGCAAAGUGAUGAGGAGGAGCAAAUUAUGAGCUACCAUGAUACAGUAGACAGCAGCCAAAUUACCAGUCAUCUAAAGACACCAUGUAACUCCCAAGAAGAAAUCGUUAGAGAAACCAUCAGAGAAUCUCCCCUCUCGCCAGAGAAAGAGACAGUGGUUGACCUCAAGGGGCGUCAAGGACCACAAGGUAAGAAUAUCUCUGGUCAAGAUGGGAAGAGGGUCCGCAGCUGCACUGCUGGUGUCACAGAGGCCGAAGAGCUAGGAAGCUCCGCCGGAGACCAGGAGAGCGAGGAUGAGGCCGUGGACGUGGAAAUCAAUGAACCGUUCGAUGAUGAAUUUCAAGUCAUCGAGAUCAAAGAGCAUUCUGACCUUGAGGCAUCCCUCAUAACUGAAACCACAAAGGAGUGCUGGGAGGAGGAGGAGGAGGAAUCCAAUGAGGAGGAGGACGAUGAUGAUGAGCAGCCCUGUCAUUCCCGUUUUAAGAGUGAAAGGAAGGAGGGCAUGAUGGUGGUGCGCUUGUCAGAUGGAGCCCGUCACAGAAGAAACAUCCCAGACACGUUAGAGCUUUCAGGGGAGAUAAACGCAGCUCUAAAGGAUUGUAAAACUGGAGCCAAGCAGCCUGCGAACCGGCCCGCUGCCUCUGACGCUGCCUGGGGAAGAGGAGGUGCUGGAGGCAGAGAGCAGUCCUCUAGAAUGGAAGUGAGAGGAAAUCAGAGGGGUUUUGAGGCAAGACCUCCGCACCCAACCCAGCGCCCAAGUGUGCAGCCACCACCACCACCACCGCCACCGAGCUAUCAACGCCCCAGGCCCCCUCAGCAGCGAUUCUUCAACCAGCCACCGAGCUUCGCCCAGCCAAGUCAUCAGGUGCCCUUGAUGUCUGCACAAAGCCAGGCCAAGCCUGCUGUGGCUCCCCAGUGCCUCUCUGGAGCCGCUGCAUCGGGGCCGCCUCGCUUCCCCCAGCCCCCGGGAUCCCAGCAUGCCGAGCCCUGGAGGGGACAGGCUCCCCCAAAGGAGCGGAGCUGCAGCGAGCCCCAGGUCCCUGGACAGCAUAUGCUUGAUCAGUGGCGCUGCCCUCGUCCACUGGACUGUAAUCCCAGGUUCCCUCUCCAGGCUUGCAAGCGGCCACCACCCCCAUCCCCACCAAGGCCCAGGACUGAGCCAUGGCCACAGCAGGGCCAAGGGCUGGAGCUGGAGCUGGAGCUGGAGCCGGGGCCUGGGAGAGAACAGGAGAUAACGGCAGGGAUGGAGCAGCCACCGGGAGGUCGCAGGGAGCCCCUGAAGUCCUGGUUACCUCUACCUCCUCCCCAUAAGGUGCCGGUUGUGUUUAACUCAGGGCCACACCUCUCCAGGCCCCUCCUGCUCCAGGGUCAGCCGUCGCCUCGGCCCUGCACCCCCACCACAGACCAGCCUCCAGCCACUCCCUGUGUGUCCGUACAUCCAGCCAGGUCUAAGGUCUCUCCUAGCUUUACUAUGGUAACUGCUCCUGCUCCUGCUGAAGCUGCACCUACCCAGCCCCAACCCCAACCCCAACCCGAACCCCAGCCCCAAGCCCAGAGGCAACCCCGUCCGCACUUCCCCGGCCUCUCAGGGACAGGGCCUCCCGAGCACGUCCGCAAGGACGUCUCCCGGCCGACUCCGGCACCGGCCGCGCAGGUGAGGCCCAUCAGCAGGGCCGAGCAGAGCGCCAAGCCCGUGGUGGUUGCCAGGGGAGUGCCCGCCACGGCCAUGCCAGCGCAGCGUGCCAAGGCCGAGCCGGCUGCCAGCGCCGCUCCGGAGCCCAGGGCUCCGACGAGGAAUGUGGGUCAGAAGGUCAAGGAGGAGCCUCCGUCUCCAGCCCUCCGCGCCCAGAGAGCGCCGGCCAAGGCCUGUGUGCAGGCGAAGGAGGAGGAGGACGAGGAGACGCGGGUGUACAGAGAAAAGAUGGAGGAGCAGAAACGGAAGAGGGCGGAGGUUGUCCGUCAGAAGGAGCUGCGGAGGCAGCAGCAGGCUAAGGAGACGCAAAGGGCCCUGCAGGAGCAUAGAAUCAGCCAGAGCCAGGUGGACCAGCAGCGGUGGCCCAGGGGCCAGGGCCCUCGGUGGGGCCAGGGAUGGGGAGCGCACCCUUACCAGCAAGGCCAGAGAGAGGGUCCUCCGUGGCAGUUUGACACUAGGGAUACCUUUUUCCAGGGACCAGGCAACAUGGGACCAGCUCACUUCAGAGAGGAACAGCAAGAUGAACAAUUCCCAAGAGGACCAAGCUCUUUCCACCAUAGCCAGAGAGGGCCGCCACGGAGCUGGACUGACCGUCUGCAGGAACUAGGACCCCAAAAUCCCCUGCAGCAGAGUCAGCAAAGGCAGUCAUGGGAAAUCCAGCACCACAUGCAGCACCAGAACCAACCACACGCAAGGUUCACGCCCGGGAACUUCUCCUCAGACAUGGGUCCUCGUAGCAUCCAUGGCCUCGGGUCCCACCAACCCCAAUCCCAGAUGAUGCCUCCUCCUCCUCGGUGUUUCCAGGAGCGACCAAGCUCAGCGGAGCCUCCGUCGGACAGGUUCACCUCAGGCCCGUGGCCCCGUCUGGCUCCUGACGAGCAGAGCUGGUUCCAGCAGCCCCCAGAGGUCUGGAGUCCCCCGGGGGAGUGGGGGCCCCAGACGCUGCAGCAGACGUGGGUGAGGCUGGAGGAGCAGGGCCCCCCGGAGCCCAUCAGGCCCACGCUGAAGAGGGUUUUUGCACAAAUGGGAGACGGUGAGGAUGAGGUGCAAUCUCCGGUGAAGGUGAUCCGGCAGAUCAUUCAGCACGUCAGAGCGGAGGAAGAGCACAGUGCGCAGUGUUUCAGCACCAGGGAUGAUGUGGUGAAACAUGAGGACAACCGUAAUGUGACCAGGCUCAUCACCGUGGGAAGGUCUCUGCAACCUCGGCCUGCUGAGAUGCUGAACAUGGAUAUGGAUGACGGGGGAGGUUUUGUCUGUGCGACGCAUGAGCGCACUGGAUUGUGCAGACGGUGCACAAAUUCACUGCCAAACUCCAACUUGAUAGUGAAGAUCAACUAUUGAAAUAAGCGAGUCGCGUGAGACAAAGGCCUAUUGAAGUCUCAUUUAUGCAAAGCCUCAGAGGCUAUUAUUAUGUUAGAAUUUUGUCUCAUAUUUCUGGAAAUACCUUGCUGCAGUUGUUUGAGGUUCAAAAAUAUCUAUUAAGUUGUAUAUGUUGAAGAAUCAGAGGAGGAUAUCUUGUGUUUGGAGGGAAAUGCUGUUAAACUGGACAUACAUGUAUGUUGAGUCUGUUCUGUCCAUUUUGUGUUAUCCUUGUUUUAUGUUUUAUGUUUAAGUAUUAAUGGCUUGACUAUGUUUUUGUUUUAGGAGGUAAAAAAAAACUAAUGGAAAUUGUAUGUCCUUCUGUAUAGAUGGCACUUUUACAUGUCAGUGUUUUUUUAUUUUUGGGAACUCAGUUUCCCUCAUGUUUGUAUUUGGAUCUCAUUAAAACAUGCAGGGCAUCCCUUACUCUUC